CCUACUACUCCACAUUACUCUGCUAAAUACUAUGAUAGCCAAUUUGAAUACAGACAUGUGAUAUUGCCAGCAGAGAUAUCAAAUAGAAUACCAAAGGGAACAUUGUUGACUGAGGAGGAGUGCAGAAAGUUGGGUAUCAUCCAGUCGACUGGAUGGUGCCACUACGCCAACCACAAGCCAGAGCCACACAUCCUUUUGUUUAGACGUCCACACUCUGGUCCAAUCCCCAACGACGUUGACUAUUUAUAA